AUGCCGCUGAAUGCGCUACCUGAGACGCAGAAGCCAAGGUAUCCAGGACAGCCAAUCUGGCAGGAUCCUCGGUCUAAUUUCAUUCAGAGCGGCGUUCAGGCGGUUCCUCCCAGACCCGCAACCACUACUGGAGUGCGACCUGAAGUCUCAGCACCACCAACUGUACCACCUGUACCAGAGGAGCACAGGCCGGCUGACGUUGAUCGAAAACAUGAUGAUGAUGAAGAUGACUUUCUUGAUCAUUAUCUCGACCCUACAGACCAGGAAAAUGAUAUGCCAAAUUUUAGCGCCAUGGAAUCCUCGGAAACCGGAAAGCCUCAUGAAGAAUCUCUGAUACCCAAAGAUAGUUCAACCACAUCCCAAUCGGGUUCAAAGCCUGCCUAUACCGCGUAUCAACCACCGAGCGGAGUGGUGCAGCCAUACCGCCCAACACCAGGCCCGAAUCAAUACGAAGACUCCAGCUACCAGUAUGAUAAUCCUCCAAUGUCUCCGCGCUUCGACUCGCCGGGGAAUGGUUACGGCUAUGAAGAUCGUUACUACAGGCCACCGGAAAAUCGAGGAUUGACCCCACGACCAGGUCCGGGUAGGCCUGGCCAUGCGACAGGUCCCCCGCCGAAUCAAUAUCAACAACCGGCAUCUACCGACCUUGGGCGUCGGCCGUCAUUCGACUACAGACAGGGAUAUUUGCACCCUCUAGAAAUGCAGGCGGCAGGGCCAGGUCAAUACUCUUCGGCCGACUCACUUCCCCACCAUCCUGCCCCCUUCCGGCCUGGUUUAGAUCAGAAUUCAAAGCCGGCUCCGAUUAGACAAUAUGACAACCCAGCGAAUGUUGCGCCACAGAAACCAAUCGGCUCCACUGCCCCACCAGGUGCCGAUCCCGGUCACAUCACUUUUGAUGAACUGAAUCGAAUACAACAGGCUGCCCGAAACAAUCGUGGUGAUCAUGCAACACAGCUCCUCCUUGCCAAAAAGAUGGUGGAGGCGUCUACUCACUUAAUUGACGACAAUGGCAGAGCCGAUGCUAGAACAAGGAAUAAGAAUCGCGAAAGGUAUAUUUUUGAUGCCCAUAAGAUUGUUAAGAAGCUAGUGAAUGUGGGAUAUCCCGAUGCGAUGUUUUAUUUGGCAGAUUGCUAUGGCCAGGGUCUUUUAGGCUUGGAGGCCGACCCCAAAGAGGCAUUCAAUCUAUAUCAGUCCGCGGCGAAAUUGGGCCAUGCAGAUUCCGCUUAUCGACUAGCUGUUUGCUGUGAAAUGGGUCAUGAGGGUGGCGGAGGCACUAGAAGAGACCCGAUUAAAGCCGUGCAAUGGUAUCGUCGAGCUGCGGCACUAGGCGAUACUCCUGCUAUGUACAAGAUGGGGAUGAUAUUGUUAAAAGGGCUUCUGGGCCAAGCGAGGAACCCUCGAGAAGCGUUGUCAUGGCUCAAGCGGGCUGCCGAACGUGCAGACGAAGACAACCCUCACGCGCUUCACGAGUUGGCUCUCCUGUAUGAGAACCCUAGUGGCAAUGAUGCUGUCAUCCGCGACGAAAACUACGCCAGGGAGCUGUUACACCAAGCUGGUGAACUAGGUUACAAAUUUUCUCAACAUCGUCUUGGUGCUGCGUAUGAGUAUGGUCUUAUUGGGUGCCCUGUCGACGCACGUCAGAGUAUCUUUUGGUACACCCGUGCCGCUGCCCAAGGGGAGCAUCAAAGUGAACUGUCGCUGAGUGGUUGGUACCUCACCGGGGCGGAAGGUAUUCUACAGCAAAGCGAUACGGAAGCGUAUCUCUGGGCACGUAAAGCCGCCAUUUCUGGAUUGGCGAAAGCAGAGUACGCGAUGGGUUAUUUUACUGAGGUUGGGAUUGGUGUUCCCGCGAAUCUUGAGGAUGCGAAGCGGUGGUACUGGAAGGCAUCAUCACAAAAUUUCCUCAAGGCUCGUGAGCGUCUUGAAGACCUGAAGCGCGGCGGUGCUAAAAUGCAGAAAACUCGUGUCUCGCGUUCAGCAGUCAGCAAGCAGCAUCAGAACGAGGGUGAUUGUGUCGUAAUGUAA